UACCUCCACCUUCCCUGCUCACACAGAUUGCGGACGGCGUGGAGUGUGUGCAUGUGUGUUCACUGGAGAGACCUGAAAAGAAAAACUUUGUUAUUCAUACUGAAUUUUCCCUCUUAUGGAUAUACCAAUGGAUUUGAUCAUAAAAAAGGCUCUUCUCUGAAGUUCUGGACUAACCAGGGGCUGCAUUCUGAAUGGGUUCAAUGCCAACAGCAUGUUUGCAUUUAGACUCAAGGAGCUUAACCGUGUGUGAUUUGGAAUAAGUGAUAUUCUGUGUGUGUGGGAGGACAAUGUCAGGAGUAAGCAGGAAAGGUUCUGGAAGGCCUGGCUAUUACUACAGGCUGCUGGGUAGAACAAGGCUCCAGAGACAACGCAGCCGCUCCAGAAGCAGAACUAGACCUGCAAACAGCAAGGAUUCUCCUCCUGAGAAAACGGGACGGAGGCGCAGCAUGCCAGGAUCCGCCCCUGACAAAGCCCCACCCACAAUGGAGCCCACAGCUGCUGCCACGCCCUUCAGAGUCACAGGUUUCCUGAGCCGCAGGUUAAAGGGAUCUAUAAAGAGGACCAAGAGUCAACCUAAACUGGACCGAAACAGCAGCUUCAAACACAUCCUGCCUGGCUUCAGACCCGCAGACAAUGACAGAUCUCAUCUGAUGCCGAGACUGAAAGAGUCACGCUCUCACGAGUCAUUGCUUAGUCCGAGUAGUGCAGUGGAAGCUCUGGACCUCAGUAUGGAGGAAGAGGUCUUUAUCAAGCCCGUACACAGCUCCAUCCUGGGCCAGGACUACUGCUUUCAGGUGAUCACCUCAACAGGCAGCAAGUGCUUCUCAUGUCGCUCAGCCGCCGAAAGGGACAAAUGGAUGGAGAACCUUAGACGAGCUGUCCACCCAAAUAAGGACAACAGUAGGCGGGUGGAGAACACACUCCGGCUGUGGGUCAUCGAAGCGAAAGACCUGCCGGCCAAGAAAAAGUACUUCUGCGAGCUGUGCCUGGACGACGCCCUAUACGCCCGCACCACCUGCAAGCUCAAGGCAGACAAUGUCUUCUGGGGCGAGCACUUUGAGUUCACCAACCUCCCUGCUGUCCAAAACAUCACCGUUCACGUCUACAGAGACUCGGACAAGAAGAAGAAAAAGGACAAGAACAAUUAUGUGGGAUUGGUGAACAUCCCAGUAGAGACUGUGACUAGCAGGCAGCUGGUUGAGAAGUGGUACCCCGUUAGCACACCAAACCCAGGCAAAGGGAAGACGGCGGGCCCCAUGAUCCGCAUUAAGGCCCGCUACCAGAGCAUGAACAUCCUGCCCAUGGAGCUGUACAAAGAGUUUGCUGAAUACACCACUAACAACUACAUGCUGCUCUGCUCCAUCCUGGAACCAGCCAUCAGUGUCAAGAACAAGGAGGAAAUUGCCUGCGCCCUGGUGCACAUCCUCCAAAGCACCGGUAAAGCCAAGGACUUUCUGACUGAUCUGAUGAUGUCUGAGGUGGAUCGUUGUGGGGAGAACGAGCACUUGAUCUUUCGAGAGAACACACUGGGCACCAAGGCCAUUGAGGAGUACCUCAAACUUGUGGGCCAGAAAUAUCUUCAGGAUGCACUGGGGGAGUUUAUAAAAGCUUUGUAUGAGUCAGAUGAGAAUUGUGAAGUGGACCCAUCAAAAUGUGCACCCAAUGACCUUCCUGAGCACCAAAGCAACUUGAAGAUGUGCUGUGAGCUGGCCUUCUGCAAAAUCAUCAACUCCUACUGUGUUUUUCCACGAGAACUAAAAGAGGUGUUUGCGUCGUGGCGACAGGAGUGCGGCAACCGGGGGCGACCAGACAUCAGCGAGCGUUUGAUCAGCGCCUCGUUGUUUUUACGGUUCCUGUGUCCAGCCAUCAUGUCCCCUUCACUGUUCAAUCUAACCCAGGAGUACCCUGAUGACCGCACAGCGCGCACCCUUACACUCAUCGCCAAGGUCACGCAGAACCUUGCCAACUUUACUAAGUUUGGCAACAAAGAGGAAUACAUGUCCUUCAUGAACCAGUUUCUGGAGCAUGAGUGGACCAACAUGCAGCGCUUUUUGCUGGAAAUCUCCAAUCCAGAAACCAUCUCCAACACAGCUGGUUUCGAGGGCUACAUUGACUUGGGCCGUGAACUUUCCACCCUGCACUCCUUACUGGCUGAGGUGGUGUCCCAAAUGGAUCAGACUGCAGCCUCAAAACUCGGUCCAUUACCCAGAAUCCUGAGAGAUGUACACACAGCACUGACCAAUCCAUCAAGCGUUCAGGUGUCUGUGCCGCCUGAACGCGUACCUUCACCUACUGCCCCUGGCUGUAGCAUCUCCACUAGUUUGCCGAAAAUGGCCAUGGACAGUGACCUGUCAGGCCUGGUAGACUUCACCCGGCUCCCCUCACCAACACCCGAGAACAAGGAUCUCUUCUUUGUCACGCGCUCCUCUGGCCUGCAGGGCUCCCCCGCCCGCAGCUCCAGCUACUCAGAGGCCAACGAGCCUGAGUUGGGAUUAGCCAAUGGCAGCAAAAGCCUGUCCAUGGUGGACCUGCAAGAAGCCACCAAAGCUCUGGAGCUUGCACCUGCCCCAGAAGGGCACGUCGAGAAGCACAUGGUGGCCUGGAAUGCCCGGACGCCCCAGGGCAACCAACUGGGAGGUCCCACGCUCCACAGGCUAGGACAGAAGCCCACCACCUCAGGAGCAGAGGGGGUCUCAGGACGGCCGACACAGCUUCUGGCACCGCUGUCCUUCCAGAACCCGGUGUAUCAGAUGGCAGCAGGGUUACCCCUGUCACCCAGAGGACCAACGGGUGGUGAUUCGGGCUCGGAAUGCCACAGCUCAGUCAGUUCCCACAGUAACAACGAGGAAAUGGGAGUGGCCGGAGUAGGGAAGCUUCCUUCCAGCUUCCUGAACCAUGAGGAGUUGUCCAGACACUCGGGAGAGUUCUCGCGGAGGCAGCUGUCGCUAACGGAAACACAGCACUCCACUUCAGGUCAGCCCACAGUCCUGCGGCAAAACAGCGCCGGCCCCCAGCGACGCAUAGAUCAGCCGCCUCCACCUACGCAGGCCGCCGCCGCCCCUCGUGGACGGACCCCGCCCAACAUGCUUAACUCCGCCCCCUAUCCACGGCCUUCCAGCGGCAGCGUGAUGUCGUCGUCGCCAGAUUGGCCAGGAAGCGGGGCACGGAUUCGGCAGCAGAGCUCCUCCUCCAAAGGGGACAGCCCAGAGACGAAGCAGCGGACGCAGCACAAGCAGGCCCCUUCCCCAGUGAUCCCCAGUGCACUGGACCGAACCGCUGCCUGGCUGAUGAACAUGAAUGUGCCGUACUUAGAGCAGGACUCAGAGACAGAUCCACGCAGGGAUGAGCACACACUCAACGAGAAGUACCAGGCUGAGAUAGCUAUGCUGCAGGAGAAGCUGCGUGGGUCGGUGCAGAAGCUAGAGGAGUGCGAGUUGCGGCUGCAGGGUCAGGAUGAACAGGCACAGAAGAUGCUGCUGGAGUACCAGACCCGGCUAGAGGAGGCUGAGGAACGCCUGCGCCGCCAGCAGGACGAGAAGGACCUGCAGAUGAAGAGCAUCAUCAGCAGGUUGAUGUCUGUGGAGGAGGAGCUGAAGAAGGAUCACGCCGACAUGCAGGCCUUGGUUGACUCCAAACAGAAAAUCAUAGAUGCACAGGAGAAGCGGAUAGCGUCUCUAGAUGCAGCCAACGCCAGGCUGAUGAGCGCUCUGUCGCAGCUGAAGGAGCGCUACAGCAUGCAGACACGCAAUGGCAUCUCUCCCACCAACCCCACCAAACUGCAGAUCACAGAGAACGGAGAGUUUCGGAACAGCUCCAACUGCUGAAGCCAGCCUCCAGAGAUGUACGGCGUAAUCCAGACAGAAAGCACGGGGUGGAGAGAGGAGAACACAUGGCCAAGAGGCUGGGAAAGGCACGGGAAAUGUGUCUGUGCGGACAGUUUCUUUUUUUUAUUAUUAUUUUUAUGGACUCUGGUUUUGAACAGCUGGUAGAUGAUAUUGGCUGUUCUGUGGAGCAAGGAUACGAGGUAAACCUCAAAGCUUUGGCCAUUAAGAGGCAUCCACUACUUCAGUUUAGGACAAACCACUAGAUGUAAAUCUCUGUACUAGAAUACCUAAAUGUAAGCAACAACUGGACAUCAAAAAAAUGACAUACUGGGUACAUACCGCAGACGUAUAGUGGCUACAAGUCCCUCCGCAGUAGCUUUAGCCUCAGAUCUCCAAAUUGUUGUCCAGUGAUUAUUUUAAAAGCGUGUAUUCGUACUCAUUCACGCUUCUUCAAUACCAGGUAUUGAAAACUUUGUUACCUGGAUACCAAGCUAGCAAAUGCAAAAUGCUGCCUCCUUUCAGAAAAUCUAGCGCUCUCUUGCACCCUUUCUUGCACCCACGUCUACUGCACUUUCUGUAACCGCUCCAGCUCCCCACACCUAGUGCACUUUGUAAGCUCUUCAACAUGAGAAGCCUUAAGAAUGGAAUGCAGCUCCUUUAUCCCCUUAAUCAGUUUGCCUAAAAACAAAAAUCAACACUUUUGCUGGACCAUUUUCAAACAUGUUUACAAAGGCAUGUCUACAAGGAGUGAAGCACUAAACCUUGUGUUAGCAAAUAUUGUUUAUAGCAAGUUUUCAUUUUGGUGUAUAUA